AACGAAAACGUACGUUAGGCCGAGACGACAGUCAGUUAGUAGAGUUUAGGGAGGCGGGUGUGCCGCCCCUUGCUGCAUGCCCCUCGGCUCCAGCAAUCUUAUCCUUAAGAUCAGAAGCAUGAAGUUGUCCUGGACGCUGUAUUUGGCUCCCCUCCUGGUAGCCUUUGUGAAAGUCGCCUCCUUGGAUGACCCGCCAGCGGUGUGCACUGACAGUGAAUCGGGUUCCGUGGUACUGGGUAGUGAAGGAAGGGUGUUUGUCUGCAUUGGAAACGCCUGGGGGACGAUCUGCAAUGACGAUAUGUUCGAGGAGGUGGACGCCAGCGUCGUCUGCAAGCAGCUGGGACUCUCCAGAUUCGGUCCUACUAUAAAACCCCAUUACCUAUUGAGCACAUAUAAUGGCCCUAGUGACGUUUUGAUGGAUAGUGUCGAAUGCAGUGGUUCUGAGCAGAGGCUGAUAGAUUGCGAUAACAGGAACUCCACUAAUAUUCCCUGUGACCAUGGCGAAGAUGUUGCUGUGAGCUGUUUACAACGACGGUGUGUCGAGCACGACAUUCGGUUGGCAAACGGGAGUGCCUUUGAGGGGCGUGUUGAGAUGUGUCUCGAGGAAGUGUGGACCACAAUUUGCUUGGAGAGCUGGAACAUCCUUAAUUCAAGAGUUUUGUGCCGUCAGUUGGGGUACAGGAGCGAAGGUGCCAAUACACCAGCAAACAUUCCUGGACCUAUCAGUAUGCCUAUAUACAGCAAGCAGUUUCACUGUUCCGGACAUGAGCGGAGGUUAUUCGAUUGUGAAAAGUCUGGUCCAUCUCCACCUCUGUGUAACCACAACCAUGACCUCACAAUCCAGUGCAACUCAACACGACUGUGUAUUGAAGGAGAAGUAAGACUAGCUGGUGCAAACAGUUCCAGUGGAAGAGUUGAAGUGUGUGUGAAUGAAGAGUGGGGGACGGUAUGUGGAGAUGGUUGGGGAAAUACUGAGGCCAGAUUUGUCUGUCGCCAACUUGGUUUCUCAAGAUUUGCCUCCUUUGCCCCUACCAUGGGUCCCGCUAAUCCUGGCUCUGGUUUCAUUCACCUACGGAAUGUGACCUGCGAAGGCUCCGAGCCAAACCUCCUGUCCUGUGACCACGGCAACGACACCAGUGACUGUUCACAUGAAACUGAUGCUCAAGUCUCGUGCCAGCCCAGAGUGUGUGAGAACGGAGACAUUCGUCUGGCGGAUGGUCACUCUCAGUACGAGGGAAGACUUGAAAUUUGCUACGACGAGAUAUGGGGAACAGUGUGCAGUAAUGUGUGGGUCUCUUACGAGACUAAAGUUGCCUGUAGGGAACUGGGCUUUAGCAUGCAGCACGGGGCUGCACUUGACGAUAAUACAUUUCCAGCUCCUCCUGGUGUCCCCGUCCUACUGAGUGGCGUUUUGUGUGAUGGAGAUGAAAAUGAUCUCGAGAACUGCAGGCAUAAUGGGUUAGGUGUCAUGCUUACCUGCGAUGUUUCGGGGGACGUCAACAUAAGAUGUGGCCAGUGUGCGGAGAACAAUGUUACACUAACUCCAGUGGGAGACGGUCACAUGAGAGUUGAGAUCUGUCUCAAUGGGAGAUGGGGGACAGUGUGUGCCGAUGAGUCGUGGGACAGCAAUGAUGCAGCGGUCCUCUGCAGAGAGUUGAAACUGGAUAACAAUGGGUCACAGCUAUCGAUAAGAAGCAGUUUCCCACUCCUCGACUUACUACCUUUUGUUAUGGAGGGCGUGUCCUGCAUUGGAGCAGAGGAAUCUAUCAGUAAUUGUAGCUACAACCCCUCUGACGGUGACUGUCCGUCUGGACUAAUGGCUGGUGUCCAGUGCUCUGGUAAGACAUGUGUCACAACCUCAGUGGAGUCUGCAUGUAUAGAUCAUACUCGCUGCAUAAUAUAACCUGCUAAAUGACUAUGUAUGUAUGUCCAUGAAUCAUAAGUGAGGUUUAGAUUGAAAUACUCUUCUGAUUGGUCAACUAGGAGCCACAUAGCUUCCUCUGUAGGAUGAGGAGGAACACUAGGAAUGCUAUUAAGGAACGCUAUUGGGAUAGUGUUCACCCCGAAAAAAUUUUAUGUUGUUUUCAAUCCACGUAGUUUCAUAUGACUCGUGUCGUCUAGUAACUAUUACUUAGGUGACAUAAUAGAUAAAGUUUAUUUAGAGAUUUUGGUUCCAAAAUCUCCCCCACAGCCCAGCUAAUCCCAACUCCAGCCUCUCCUAGCCCUCUACCUACUGGAGUGGCCUCAAUAGCCGUCAGUCCUGCUGAAAGACCUUCUCCAGUAGCUAGUCCCAGCAGCUACACCGUUUCAGAGGCUGCUGUUGAUGCUAGCACCGUUGCUGCGUCUAGCUAUACAAGGGACAAUACUGUUGAACGUAAAUGGCCUAUCCCUGUUGCCUUGACUUGUGUGUGUUUACUGUUGUUCUUCUUUUUACUGUCUCUCCCUCCCUCUCUCUCUCUCUCUGUACCUCUCUCUCUUGAAGAUUGCAAUUUCCAACUGGUAUUCAGUGGUAAUAUUGUCUGCAAUGAGUGGCUGUUACACCUUGCUGGUACCAAGUUAGCGAAGCUGUCGCAGGGUCUUGCUGCGAGUCUGGAUAAGGAGUGCGAUUGUGGCCUCACUCCGGACUUCCUAACGCUCCAAAUACCACUCUGCCUCCAACAAAAUCAGUUUGUGCUCCCCGGACUCCUGUCCGGUACAAACAGCAUUGGCUGCAGACAGAUCAUGGGCUUUUUACAGAGCUGGGCUGCAAGAGGGUCUGAGAUCGUUGUCGAGGGAGUUCCACUCACAACCGUCAAAGAAUGCUCCGUUUUUCUUGAGCCAAGAGAGGCGCCAUCUUGUAAAACAGGCACGUUCCUCCAACCAACGCCACGAGGAAGCCUCUGUUAGAGGUGGUGCUACUCCCUGGCAUCAUCUCGGUGUUGGGAGCCGUUCUUCUGGCCUUGGUUAUUGUUGUGGUGUGCAUCGUGGUGUUCAGGGUCCGCAAGAAGAAGGCGAGUGUCAGGUUAUCGCAGACGACAACAAACGCUUACAAUAUGGUGGCCGUCAGUGGUCAAACUGAUGAUGGAAAGAUCAUAGAAAUCUAUGACUCCCCCGAGUACUGUUCAACUGGCAUCUAUGAGAAAAUCGCAGAGCCCUUGCCUCCAAUCCCACCAAACGAUGACGGCUAUCUUCCAGACCCCAACCCCUAUCUCACUAGCACGUUCAAAACCAGUAGCAGUCCAACUGCAAAUGGUAGCAUUCCCAGACAGCAGCACAAACCAAGAGACGACCAAAACACUGAGCCCGGGGCUGGUGUGUAUUCUUACGUCGACAUGGAGGAAAUCGCGUUGAGGAAUCGUGCCCCGGAGUAUGAUGUCCCCACCAUGGAUGACACUACUGGUGGCUCUCACUACCAACCUCUCCAGCUUCACGACAAUGGACCGGAGUACGUCGAACCUCCACUGGAUAAUACACCCGGUACUGCGGGCAAGUCACACUAUCAACCUCUGAAGCUGAUAGAAGGCAAUCCUGGGCCAGAGUAUGACUAGCCCCCCUUUGGAUAACGCGGCCAACGACUCGCAUUACCAGCCACUGCAGCCAGGGAAACAAGUAGAUUCAAGCACUUACACUACUCCUCAGGCUUGUCUGACAGUCGGCCAACCAGUCAGUGGUGAUUCUCGAGAUAGCACCGCGGCCAAUGCAGCAAAGUCUCGCAGCAACCUACAGAACUAUAAGGAGCUUAUUAUCCAGGAAAACGAAACCAGCGGGGACUACGCACGUUUGAACAUCUGAAACUUUUAGCAUUCUCUUGUAACACAAGUUCAAUUUGCCAUUUCCCCCUCACAUAAUUUCUCUAAACCCUAUUCUUAUCCAUUGGUGCGCAUGCGUGUAUUUUGCAACAGUUUGGUGCGCAAAGCACAG